AUGACUGUCGCCCUCGAGCUCCACGACGUGGCUCUAGCCCCAUGGGCCACCUGCAACGACGAGCUUCCUGAGCACCUCUAUAUUUCUGCCAAAGGCCGUCUCGUAACGCUGGAUGGGGAACACAUGGAUGCCAGGAAGCGAGUCGAAGAGCUCAAGGAAAAACUUGCGAAGGCAAGAGCCGAGUUGUCGGCCACACAAGACGAGUUGUGGACCACAGAAAAGCAAAUACAAAUCUAUCGAAAUAUGGUGGCUCCAAUGAGAAGGUUUCCACCCGAACUCUUAUCCCGAGUCUUCCUUUUCAGCAUUCCGCCUUUUCAUAAAUUGCCGCGCUACGGCCAGGGUGAUCGGGACAAACUGCGUUUAGUCUGCAAGAGGUGGAAGAUUAUUGUCGAUUCGUCUCCGGAGUUGUGGAAAAGGCUUCGGUAUACCCAGUCAGCCGCAUCACCCCAAUUCGCAGUGCGACUGCUACAACGUUGGUUCUCCCAUGCUGGAAAUGGUGGCCUGGGCCUCACGAUCGACCUCCGACCCAUGUAUGCCGACGGGGAAUUGACUACCUUCCUCCGGAGCAAGACCUGGAAGGAGUUAUCCCUCUAUACGACAUCCCCGGAGAUCCUCGAAGCAGUGUUCCCCAAAAGCUAUAACUGCUCUGCGUUGGAGACGCUGUGUAUCACUUGGGCCAUGUCAGGCUGGGAUGCCAUUGACCGCCUUUCAAAGCAUCCACUCUACCGACAUUUUCCUACUUUCCUUCAACGCUUUUCCCGACUCAAGCAGCUAUCCAUCGAAUGGAGUAUCCCUCAUUUAACCAUGAAGCCAAAACUGUUUGAACUUCCAGACCUGACGGAUCUGAAGCUUAGAGGGGCGAUACCACAUGAUUAUGUUCGGCGUCUUCUCAACGGCCUGCCUUCCCUCAAAAACGUGGACAUCUCUCUCUCAGUUGUACGUGGUGAUACAAGCCCUCGGGAUGUGGAUGAUCCACUUCCCAUCCGGUGGCUGACCACUGACCGCGGAUGGUGUUGGCUCUUCAAAGACCUACCGCUGCUGGAGGCAUUACGCCCGGUGGGAUCUUGGCAAUCAUGGUCACCCUCGUUCAGCCCGACUUCCCUCACCUCCCUUUACCGAUUGGCCAACCUCAGCCUCGUCUCCUUUGAUCGGAUGGAGCUAGACUCGACAGACACUGCGCUCGCUGUAUCCCAUCUCCCUCCCUCAGUGCGCGUGGUACGGGUUUCAACCAUGGGGUUCACGUAUUGCAUUACUCGCCGCAUGGCAGCUCGCAACUUUGUCGGCAGGCGCCUUGACAUCGUUGUUACGAAAUCAAGCGACUACGCGUAUGUCUGGGAGGGAAUCAUCAGGCAUUUGAUGAGGGUGUUCGUGAAGAAGCGCCCUGGAAGGGCGAGGGAGGCUUUUAGGGCCCGGGAUCUCGUCAUCUGGAUCAAGGUAUCGUCGUGGGAGGGGCGCUAUGGAUAUCGCGAUGAGUGGAAGGACUGGCUGGACCAGCUGCGUUCUGUCAAUGUGCGGUUUGAGCUUACGCUGGGCCCUCAUCCUGGAGAUGAUGUCGAAUUUGACAUCCCUUACAUGUAG